AUGAAUUCGGAAGGCCAGGCUCAACAUGAGAAGCAGUUCGUCGAUGAGGCUCUCGAUAACACCGACCUGAGCAACAACCUCAGCGCCAAGAUCAAGAACCCGCUCGCGGGCAUCCCGCAGCAGACUCUGCUUCGCGACGUCGAGGAGUUCGCGGCCGAGUAUGGUCUUUCCGAUAUCGCGCCAUUGCUCAAGAAAGGCGCGCUUGUCGCUCAAAAUCCCGCCGAGUUCGAGAAUGUCGAGGGCCUUGACGAGACCGAACGCGGAGUUCUCCGUGACGAGGUCGUGCGCAAAUGGCACCAGCCCGCGGCGCUGUACAUGACCGUGAUUCUCUGCUCGAUUGGUGCGGCCGUGCAGGGUUGGGAUCAGACCGGCUCCAACGGUGCAAACUUGUCGUGGCCAGUCGCCUUUGGCAUCCCAGACAACGACACCACCAACCCGAACUACACCCGCAACCUCUGGCUCGUUGGCUUGGUCAACGCUGGCCCAUAUAUUGGGUCUGCCUUCUUCGGCUGCUGGCUCAGUGACCCGCUCAACAACUACUUCGGUCGGCGUGGUACCAUUUUCUUCUCCGCCGUCUUCUGCUUGCUCACCGUCAUUGGUUCUGGAUGCACACAGAACUGGUAUGAGCUGCUGAUCUGCCGUUUGUUGCUCGGUGUCGGCAUGGGCUCCAAGGCUUCGACGGUACCGAUCUACGCCGCUGAGAACGUGCCCGCCCUCAUCCGUGGUGGCUUGGUCAUGUCGUGGCAGAUGUGGACCGCAUUCGGCAUUUUCUUGGGUUUCUGCGCCAAUCUCGCUGUCUACAAUGUCGGCGACAUCGCGUGGAGAUUGCAGCUUGGAUCCGCAUUCAUCCCAGCCGUACCGCUGGUCGUCGGCAUCUACUUCUGCCCGGAAUCGCCACGCUGGCUCAUGAAGAAGGGUCGCUACGCACAAGCCUACAAGUCGCUUCUGCGGCUGCGAAACCAUCCGAUCCAGGCUGCUCGUGACCUCUACUACGUUCACGCUCAACUUCUCAUUGAGCACAAGGUCAUUGGCCAAACCAACUACGCCCAGCGCAUCAUCGAGCUGUUCACCAUCCCGCGUGUGCGCCGGGCUACCUUGGCGUCGUUCGUCGUCAUGAUCGCGCAACAAAUGUGCGGUAUCAACAUUAUCGCCUUCUACAGCUCCUCCGUCUUCGUGCAAGCCGGCGCAGACAACCUGCACGCUCUGCUAGCCUCCUUCGGCUUCGGCUUGGUAAACUUCGUCUUCGCCUUCCCAGCCGUCUGGACCAUUGACACGUUCGGUCGUCGCGCUCUGCUCCUCUUCACCUUCCCCAACAUGGCCUGGACGCUUCUCGCCGCAGGUUUGUGCUUCCUCAUCCCAGAGACAAGCCGCGCCCAUCUCGGCCUUGUCGCAUUCUUCAUCUUUCUCUUCGCCGCAUUUUACUCGCCAGGUGAAGGCCCCGUACCUUUCACCUACUCCGCCGAAGUGUUCCCGCUGUCUCACCGUGAAGUCGGUAUGGCCUGGGCCGUCGCCACCUGCCUGUUCUGGGCUUCCGUUCUCUCCAUGACCUGGCCGAGCAUGGUCGCCGCCAUGACGCCAACUGGCGCCUUCGGCUUCUAUUGCGGUCUCAACAUCCUCGCGUUCAUCAUGAUCUUCCUCUGGCUGCCGGAGACGAAGCAGCGUACUCUGGAGGAAUUGGACUGGGUGUUCGCCGUCCCCACGCGCAAGCACAUGUCCUACCAAGUCACCGAAUCUCUCCCGUACUUCUUCAAGCGCUGGGUGGCGAUGAACAAGAGCGCGACGCUCAAGCCGUUGUACAACUUCGACCACGUGGCGUCUGAUGCGCAGAGGUCUGCCAGUGUUACUGCCUACAACCAGGAGCACCACAAGCCGGCCGCGCAGCAAAAGGUUAACUUGUAG